AAGUAUCAACAAAAAGUUAAGGACACAAUUUGCAAUAAAAGAUGAGUUUUAUUUCUAUUUGAAGUUCAGUUGCGCAAAGAGCUGGUAAAAAUUCGCUUCGAGAGCGAUACAGCAAGAACACUUCUCAAUCUUUACGCCAAAAAAAGAGAUCAAUACCAUCGGAAGAAACGCCCAGGCCAAAAUGAAUUACAUUAGAAGAACGAUUGGCAAAGAGAAGCCCCUAGUCAGGGUACUUCCACUUAUAGGGACGAUAAGAGCUGGCCGUGGGGGAAAGAACGUGAGCAUAACAAAUAUUGAGAAACAAAUAGAACAGUCAUUUGAAUGUAAGAGGGCUCAGCCUAAAGCAGUCGUCCUAGAAAUCAACUCAAAUGGUGGAUCUGCUGUGCAGUCUAAUUUGAUUUAUCAAAGAAUAAGAAAUUUAUCAGACAAAACAAAGGUUCCUGUCAUUUCCUAUGUACAGGAUGCUGCUGUUUCUGGUGGUUACUGGCUCGCUCUGGCGGGAGAUGAAAUUUAUGCAGACCCAAACUCUGCAGUUGGGUCAGUUGGUGUGAUUUCCUUGCUGUUUGGGUUAGAGGGAGUCAUUAAAAAGCUAGGAAUUGAGCCAAGAAUACUUACUGCUGGCAAACACAAGAUGCGUAUAAACCCUUUUGAAGCACAAAAUCCUGAAGACACAGAAUGGAUGAAAAGUUUCAUUGAUGAAGUUCAUGAAAAUUUCAAGACGCUGGUCAAGGAAAGAAGAAAAUCUUUGGAUAAGGAGCACAAAACAGUAUUUGAGGCUGAUGUAUUCACUGGAGAGAAGGCAGCAAAACUUGGAUUGAUUGAUGGUACAACCUCGGAUAUCCAUGCUCUUUUGAAAACCAGAUUUGGAGAAGAUGUUGUAAUCAAAAGAGUUGAGGGAAAGUCAAUGUUUCCUUUUGGUUUUGGAAAGUAUGGAACAGAAGUGAAGUUGAAUACAGACAAUGUUUUUGAUAAUCUAGCUGAUGCACAGUCAAGAUACAAAAUAUUUUAAUAAUGUUUGGAAGACCCUUUGAAGGAGUUUUUUUAAUUCACAUAUUCUCAUCUACCAAGGAUGUAAAAUAGCUUUCAACUCAAGUGGCAGUUUUUAAUCAAAUUUAAUAAGGAAUCACUUAUUGGCCUUAGUUAAA